CGCGCGUCUCCUCCCCCUUCCUGCGCUCGGCGCUUCCCGGCGGAGCGGGGCCGCCGCGGGGACCGGCCGCGCCCGCCGCCGCUGGGGAGGGAACGAGGGGCCGCGGGAACCGGCCGGACCGGCCGCCCCCCGCCCGCCAGGCUUCUCGGAGUCUCUCAGCUCCACCUCCGCCCUGCGGCUCGGCGCGGCCCAGGCCCGUGGCGAGCGCUGCCCGCGGGGACUCGGCCGUGCCUCGCCUGAGGGCCCGGCCGGCCUGGCCUGCGCCGCCCGGGGGUCCCGCGGGUGCCCCGGCUGGGCCGUGAGACGCCGGCGCUGCGGGAUCCGCCUCGGGAUCCGCCGCGGGAUCGGGCCUUGGCCCCGGGCGGGGCCGGCGAGGUGACUGUUCCAAGAUGUCCCUGUGGAGCCUCGUGUCCCACAUGCCAGCGGAGGAGUUCAGCAGCCUCUCCACGGAGUUUCCGCGGAGCCUGCGCUGUCUCCUGGCCGAGUGGCUGGAGAACCAGCCCUGGGAGUUUGUCAAUGGCUCAGACGCCUUCUGCAGCAGCGUGGCCAGCAGGAUGCUCUCGGCCAUGCUGGAGAAACUCCGCAGCGCUGCCGGCAGCGAUGGGCAGCAGUGCCAGAUCCUGCAGCAAGUCAACAGCAUCGAGAACACCUUCCGUCGGGACCCGCUGCGCCUGGUGGCCGUCGUGAGAGCCGUCCUGGAGGGCGAGAAGGCGGCUGUGCUCAAAAGGGACCACCACCUGCCCCUCAGCUUCCACCGGCGGCAGGAGGAGCUGAAGUUCAGCCUGGGGCUGCAGCGGCUGCAGCACCGAGUCCGUGAGAUCAGAGCGCUCCAGGAGGAGGGGCCGGGGCGGGACGGGGCCGUGCAGAGCCCCACGCCCCCCAAGGAACUGCCCACCCUCAUCAUGGAGGCUGUGAAGGAGCUGGAGGCAGCCAAACAGCAGGUCCUGAAGAGGAUCCAGAUCUGGAAGAGACAACAGCAGCUGGCAGGGAAUGGGGCCAUCUUUGAGGAGAAUCUGGCACCGCUGCAGAAGAGGUGUGAGAGCCUGGUUGAGGUUUACUUCCAGCUGCAGCAGCAGGUGAUGGCAGCGAGCACAGAGCUGGGCCCUGAGCUGCUGCCCCGGCUCCUGGAGCGCUUCAAGGAGGUGUUGUCCAGCCUGGUCAAGAGCUCCUUCCUGGUGGAGAAGCAGCCCCCACAGGUGCUGAAGACCCAGACCAAGUUCCAGGCAAGCGUCCGGUUCCUGCUGGGCCCGCAGCUGCUGAAGGCAGCGCCCAAGCCCUACGUGGUGAGGGCUGACAUGGUGACAGAGAAGCAGGCACGGGAGCUGGAGCUCAGCAACUACAGCAACACCCUCAGCGAGAGCACGGGGGAGAUCUUGCACAACACGGUGGCCCUGGAGACCAACCCCAGCAGUGGGACCUGCUGCGCCAACUUCAAGAACGUGCUGCUGAAGAAGAUCAAGCGCUGCGAGCGGAAGGGCUCCGAGUCGGUGACGGAGGAGAAAUGCGCUGUCCUGUUCAGCACUGAUGUCACUUUGACCCCCAGCAACAUCUCCUUCCACCUGCAGGUCCUGUCUCUGCCCAUCGUGGUCAUCGUCCACGGGAACCAGGACAACAACGCCAAAGCCACCGUGCUGUGGGAUAACGCCUUCUCCGACAUCGAGCGGGUGCCCUUCGUGGUGGCCGAGCGGGUGCCCUGGGACAAGAUGUGUGACACCCUGAACCUGAAGUUCAUGGCAGAGGUGCAGACCACCAAGGGGCUCCUCAAGGAGCAUUACUUCUUCCUGGCCCAGAAGAUCUUCAAUGACCACAGCGCCAGCCCCGAGGACUUCCAGAGCCGCCACGUCUCCUGGGCCCAGUUCAACAAGGAGAUCCUCCCUGGGCGGGGAUUCACCUUCUGGCAGUGGUUUGAUGGAGUCCUGGACCUGACCAAGAGAUGCCUCAAAAGUUACUGGUCAGACAGGCUCAUCAUGGGCUUCAUCAGCAAGCAGUAUGUGUGCAAACUGCUGAGCAUGGAGCCGGAGGGGACCUUCCUGCUGCGCUUCAGCGACUCCGAGAUCGGCGGCAUCACCAUCGCUUACGUUAUCCGCGGCAAAGACGGCUCCAGCCAGGUGGAGAACAUCCAGCCCUUCUCUGCCAAGGACCUGUCCAUCCGCUCCCUCGGCGACCGGAUCCGGGACCUGGGGCAGCUCCGUAACCUGUACCCCAACAUCCCCAAGGACCAGGCGUUUGGGAGUCACUACAACAAAGAGCAGACAGGCAAGGACGGCCGGGGCUACGUCUCCACUGCCAUCAAGAUGACUGUGGAAAGCGAAAGGGACCAGCAGCCUCCACGCACCAUGGGGCCACCCCCCGAGGCCCCCCAGGCACCCAUGUUCAACCUGCCCAUGCUGCAGCCCGAGCUGCACCCUGAGAGCCUGCAGCCACUGCUGGCCCCCAUGUGCCCCUCCACUCCGUUCUGCCCCCAGCCCAUGCCCACGGGCUACCCCACGGUUGAGAGCAACAUCAUGAUGGUCCCUGACAGGCUCAACUCCCCCUUCCACAGCCCCUCACCGAUGCUCUCGCCUCCCUCGCUGUCCCACUGCCAGGACCCUUCCUUCAGGCCCCCCGGACCCUUCAUGCCCAACCAGUUCAUGUCUGGGGAGGUCUCACAGCUGCUGCCCGCGGGUCCCUCUGCGGAGCCGCAGGACGAGGAGAUGCCCGAGCUGCCCCCGUUCCCGGCCGUGGAGGACGCGUCCCUGCAGAGCUCCCCGCGGUGGAUGUCCCCCAGCAUGGAGCAGUCGUCAGCCUCGGAGCUGGACCAGUUCGUGCAGGAGGUGCCCCUGUUGCCCCCCUUCGCGCCCCUCCCGCAGCACAGCGGGUACCCCAACUCCAGCCUGUCCUCCUGGGCGCUGGGGGAGGCGCGCUGGGAUGACAGCAUCCGGCCGAGACACGCGUGAGGGGGCUGCUGUGGGGGGCGGCAUCGGACUGAGACCCCCUCCCCUCUUCUCACUCCCUCCCAGCCUUGCCUGGGUUCAUGGACUUGAUACGACUCCAGCAGGGCUGGAAACUCCAGCUGGGAAAAGGCGGGGUUUGGGGGGAAUUUGGGGUAACCCCCGCCCCUCCUUCCUCCGUGCGUUGCUGCCCGCCCCCGCCGCUGCCGGGGGUCCACGGGUGAGGGGGUGCAGGGGCCCCGUCCUGCGUGGGGGGCACCGGCAGCCGCACGCCGUGCCCCCAGCCCACGCCGCCGGGAUGAGUCACCGCGGGGGCGGGAGGCGGCAGCGCGAACGGCGCCGGGGCGGAGGUGCCAGCCCGGUGCCCCGGCUGGGGAGGGGGGGACGCCGGGACCCCCAUGCAGGGGGACACGGACCCCGCGCACCCCCGCAGUCAGCGCUUGCUUUGGGGUUUUGAGCUGUUCCCCACCCCCCCCUCCUCCAGGCUGGAGCAGGGGGCAGGAAGAUAAGCCAUAAAAUAAAGUUUUAUUCCAAAAUAACAAAAUAAAUAA